GCGCGUUUGUCCCCUCCACGCGCAUACACAAGGUCAACUUCACGUGCAACCGGCUACCAGAAGUCCGUUCGUGCUGUAUGAGCGCUCAGGGGACAAACUGCGUGAAGCAGCGUUCAUUAACUACAGCUGAGCUACAGCAACGUGACUGAAAACAUGGCGAGAGGAAGUCGCAGUCGUUCUGCAGCACCAGAAAGUGCUCCCGCUCAGUCCUAUGCUCCGGCUCCGGUGGUGCCUCCUCCAUCAGCGGUGGCCGCGGCUCCUGUUCAGCCCAAGCAGCCAGGCCUCAUGGCUCAGAUGGCCACGACGGCAGCUGGUGUUGCUGUGGGUUCGGCGGUGGGCCACGUGAUGGGUAGCGCCAUUACCGGUGCCUUCAGUGGAAGCAGCUCAUCCGAUGCACCCAGACCUUCUCCUGCACCUCAAGAGCCUGCUCGAGCUGCUCCACCUCAGGCCGGGCCGUGUCUUUUCGAAGUGAGGCAGUUUCUCGACUGUGCUACCACACAGACAGACCUCAGCUUGUGCGAAGGCUUCAACGAAGCUCUCAAACAGUGCAAAUUCUCCCACGGUGUGUCAUCCCUGGUGUGAGGAGCAUUUUGAAGAAGACACAGAACACAUCUGUUCUCUCUGUACAAAUCUUCUCGAUCCCUCCGGCACUUGAUCUGUAUUUAAUUUGUUUCUGUUCCGGGUUUUGACUCGUGUGUUUGUAAGAUAAAAUAAACAGCUGCUAUUCACA